AUGAUUGAUAAUCUCCAGCGUAGAGAAGUCUUUUCUCCAGUCUCAACGCAAGUUAACAUUAUGUCGCCAAAAUCAAAUGAGUCAAGUCAGUCGGUGGUCGACGAGAAGACUAAACAACAACCGCUAAUGAAUAACUUCCAGGGACGAAGGACAGAUCAACGCAUUAAAAUAAUUAAUGAAAAGGUUUCUGUUUCGUCAAACCAGAUCAAUGGUGCACAUCAAACUCGACGAUCUAGAAGAUUUAGUUGA